CGCGCCACUCCCCAUUUUUGCCAUUCAUCUUCUAUGCUCUGUAUCCGUUUCCACCCAGAAGGGGAUUUUCCUUUUUAGAUCUCUCCGAAUGCUACAAUGAGCCUCCGGCAACGUUCAACGCCGGCGGCGAGACAAGUUUCUAUAGAUGAAGAACCAUAUAACAUCAUUCCGAUUCAUAAUCUUCUAGCUGACCAUCCUUCUCUACGUUUCCCUGAGGUACGCGCUGCGGCGGCGGCUUUACGCUCCGUAGGUGACCUAAGGAGACCUCCAUUUGCACCGUGGAAACCUCACUAUGACCUCCUUGACUGGCUUGCGCUUUUCUUCGGGUUUCAGGAUUCUAGCGUUCGUAACCAACGGGAACAUAUCGUGCUUCAUCUUGCUAAUGCUCAGAUGCGUCUAUCUCCGCCGCCGGACAAUAUUGACUCUCUUGACCCUGCUGUUCUCCGUCGGUUCCGACGUCAGCUUCUGAAGAAUUACUCGUCGUGGUGCUCUUUUCUCGGUCUCAAAUCUAAUGUUUGGCUUUCCGACCGGCAUAAUUCAUCUGACCACCGCCGUGAGUUGCUUUAUGUCUCGCUUUACCUUCUUAUAUGGGGUGAGUCAGCGAAUCUACGUUUUGUUCCUGAAUGUUUAUGCUUUAUUUUUCAUAAUAUGGCUAUGGAGUUGAAUAAGAUUUUGGAGGAUUACAUUGAUGAGAAUACUGGUAGGCCAUUUUUGCCAUCGAUUUCUGGUGAAAAUGCUUUUCUGAAUCGGAUCGUAACGCCAAUUUAUGAAACAAUCCGAGCUGAGGCUGAUAAUAGUCGGAAUGGUACUGCCCCACACUCUGCGUGGCGGAAUUAUGAUGACAUCAAUGAGUAUUUCUGGAGUAAAAGGUGUUUUGAUAAGUUGAAGUGGCCUAUUGAUACUGGGAGUACAUUUUUUGUGACCACUAACAAGGGAAAGAAGGUUGGAAAGACGGGGUUUGUGGAACAGAGAUCAUUUUUGAAUUUGUAUAGGAGUUUUGAUAAGCUAUGGAUCAUGCUGGCGUUGUUUUUGCAGGCUGCAAUUAUUGUAGCUUGGGAAGGGAAGCCGUAUCCAUGGCAGGCUUUGGAGAGUAGGGAGGUUCAGGUGAGGGUAUUAACUGUCUUCUUCACCUGGAGCAGUAUGAGGUUUCUGCAGUCGUUACUUGAUGCAGGAAUGCAAUAUCGUAUCAUCUCUAGGGAGACCCCGUGGCAUGGGGUGAGAAUGGUGUUGAAGAGUGUGGUUGCAGCUACGUGGAUUGUGGUCUUUGGUGCAUUCUAUGGGAGGAUUUGGAUCCAGAGGAAUAGGGAUGGGAAUUGGAGCAGUGCUGCUAACAGGAGGGUGGUGAAUUUUCUUGAGGUUGCUCUUGUUUUCAUUGCUCCAGAACUGUUAGCCUUGGCACUCUUUGUUCUGCCAUGGAUCAGGAAUUUUCUCGAGAACACGAACUGGAGGAUAUUUUACCUGUUGUCCUGGUGGUUCCAGAGUCGGACGUUUGUGGGUCGUGGACUCAGGGAAGGCCUUGUCGAUAACAUAAAGUAUUCCCUCUUUUGGGUGGUAGUGCUUGCGACCAAGUUUUCCUUCAGUUACUUCCUACAGAUCAAACCUAUGAUCGUUCCAACUAGAGCACUGUUGCGCCUCAGGGAUGUGAAGUACGAAUGGCAUGAAUUCUUUAACCAUAGCAACAGGUUCUCAGUAGGAUUGCUUUGGCUUCCUGUUGUACUGAUUUAUCUUAUGGAUAUUCAGAUAUGGUACUCAAUCUACUCUUCUUUUGUUGGGGCAGCUGUUGGAUUAUUUGAUCACUUGGGAGAGAUCCGAAACAUGCCACAGUUAAGGUUGAGAUUCCAAUUUUUUGCAAGUGCAAUGCAGUUUAAUCUGAUGCCAGAAGAGCAGUUGUUGAAUGCUCAAGGAACACUGAAAAGCAAGUUCAAGGACGCCAUGCUCCGUUUGAAACUCAGAUAUGGGUUUGGUCGACCAUUCAAAAAGCUUGAAUCAAACCAGGUAGAGGCGAACAAAUUUGCCUUGAUUUGGAAUGAGAUAAUUGCAACUUUCAGAGAAGAAGAUAUUCUGAAUGACCGUGAGGUUGAGUUGUUGGAGCUGCCCCAGAACAUGUGGAAUGUUAGAGUGAUUCGUUGGCCAUGUUUACUCCUCUGCAACGAGGUGCUGCUUGGUCUCAGUCAGGCGAAGGAGCUGGUGGAUGCUCCUGAUAGGUGGCUCUGGCAUAAGAUCAGCAAGUAUGAAUACAGGCGAUGUGCUGUUAUUGAGGCUUAUGACAGUACAAGGCAUUUGCUGCUGGAAAUUGUCAAAUUGAACAGCGAGGAGCAUUCCAUCAUAACAACCUUCUUCCAGCAGAUUGAUCAGUGGAUUCAGCUGGAGAAGUUCACAAAAUACUACAAUCUGACUGCUCUGCCCCAGAUCCGUGGAAAGUUGAUUGCUCUUCUGGAUCUGAUACUCAAGCCAAAAAAGGAUGUUGACAAGAUUGUGAAUGUUCUCCAGGCCUUAUAUGAGGUUGCCACUCGGGAUUUUCUGAAAGAGAAGAUGACUGGAGAUCAGCUGAGAGAGGAAGGUCUGGCUCUUCAGGCAUCUGCGACUAGAUUGCUUUUUGAGAAUGUAGUUUCAUUGCCAGAUCCAGAGAAUGAGACAUUUUAUCGGCAGGCUCGCCGCUUGAACACUAUUCUUACAUCUCGGGACUCUAUGAGUAAUAUUCCGAGAAAUCUUGAGGCGAGACGUCGACUUGCCUUCUUCAGCAAUUCUCUAUUUAUGAAUAUGCCACAUGCACCCCAAGUUGAGAAGAUGAUGGCUUUCAGUGUUUUGACACCUUACUACAAUGAAGAUGUACUGUACAACAGGGAACAACUCAGAACUGAGAAUGAAGAUGGGAUUUCUACAUUAUAUUACUUGCAGACAAUUUAUGCUGAUGAGUGGGAAAAUUUCUUGCAGAGAAUGCGUAGAGAAGGGAUGGUUGAUGAGAAGAAAGAGUUAUGGACUACAAAGCUAAGGGAUCUUCGUCUUUGGGCAUCAUACAGAGGGCAGACUCUUACUCGCACGGUUAGGGGGAUGAUGUACUACUAUCGAGCUCUCAAAAUGCUGGCCUUUCUGGAUUCUGCAUGUGAGAUGGAUAUCAGAGAAGGAUCAGUGGAACUUGGUUCCAUGAGACAUGAUGAUAGCAUUGGUGGUUUAAGUUCAGAAAGGUCUCAGUCUUCGAGGAGGUUGAGCAGAGCUGACAGUUCAGUGAGUUUGUUGUUUAAAGGCCACGAGUAUGGGACUGCUUUAAUGAAAUUCACAUAUGUGGUAGCUUGUCAGAUAUAUGGGACUCAGAAGGCCAAAAAAGAUCCACAUGCAGAGGAAAUUUUGUAUCUGAUGAAAAAUAAUGAAGCUCUUCGUGUAGCUUAUGUUGAUGAGGUUCCCACAGGAAGGGAUGAGAAGGAUUAUUAUUCUGUGCUUGUGAAGUAUGAUCAAAAACUUGAAAGGGAAGUUGAGAUCUAUCGAGUUAAGUUGCCUGGUCCUUUGAAGCUUGGGGAGGGGAAACCAGAAAAUCAAAACCAUGCCUUUAUCUUUACCCGUGGUGAUGCAGUUCAGACUAUCGACAUGAACCAAGAUAAUUACUUCGAGGAGGCACUGAAAAUGAGGAACUUGUUGGAAGAAUUCAAACGCUACUAUGGAAUUCGCAAGCCUACAAUUCUUGGAGUUCGGGAACAUAUAUUUACUGGAUCUGUGUCAUCCCUUGCUUGGUUCAUGUCAGCUCAGGAAAUGAGUUUUGUAACCCUGGGACAGCGUGUGUUAGCCAACCCCCUGAAAAUCCGAAUGCAUUAUGGACAUCCAGAUGUCUUUGACAGGUUUUGGUUUCUAACUAGGGGAGGAAUAAGCAAGGCAUCUAAAGUGAUCAACAUCAGCGAAGACAUCUUUGCUGGCUUCAACUGUACAUUACGAGGUGGCAAUGUCACUCACCAUGAGUACAUACAAGUUGGCAAAGGAAGGGAUGUUGGGUUGAAUCAGAUAUCUAUGUUUGAAGCCAAGGUUGCCAGUGGUAAUGGUGAACAAGUUCUUAGCAGAGAUGUCUACAGGUUGGGUCAUAGGCUGGAUUUCUUCAGAAUGCUUUCUUUCUUUUAUACAACUGUAGGAUUUUUCUUCAAUACAAUGAUGAUUGUCCUCACUGUAUAUGCAUUCUUAUGGGGACGGCUUUACCUUGCACUUAGUGGGGUUGAGGGCUCUGUUGCUUCAGAUACCACCGACAACAACAGAGCACUUGGUGCCAUACUGAACCAGCAAUUUAUCAUCCAGCUGGGCCUUUUCACCGCAUUACCAAUGAUUGUGGAGACUUCUCUCGAGCAUGGUUUUCUUACAUCUAUCUGGGAAUUCCUAACAAUGAUGCUCCAACUUUCAUCUGUAUUUUACACAUUCUCAAUGGGAACUCGUGCUCAUUACUUUGGUCGUACCAUUCUCCAUGGUGGCGCAAAAUACCGGGCAACUGGGCGAGGUUUUGUCGUGCAGCACAAGUGUUUUGCUGAGAAUUAUCGGUUAUAUGCUCGUAGCCAUUUUGUCAAGGCAAUUGAACUUGGUCUGAUACUUACAGUGUAUGCUGCAUACAGCCCUGUUGCUAAAGGAACUUUUACAUAUAUAGCACUGACUAUCUCAAGUUGGUUCCUGGUGGUGUCAUGGAUCUUGGGGCCCUUUGUGUUUAAUCCUUCUGGGUUUGAUUGGUUAAAGACAGUGUAUGAUUUUGAUGACUUCAUGAACUGGAUUUGGUACCGUGGUAGUGUUUUUGCAAAGUCAGACCAGAGCUGGGAGAAAUGGUGGGAGGAGGAACAGGAUCAUUUAAGAACGACAGGUCUGUGGGGAAAGAUACUGGAAAUUAUCCUAGACCUUCGCUUCUUCUUUUUCCAGUAUGGCAUUGUAUAUCAUCUGGGUAUUGCUGCUGGAAGCAAAAGCAUUGCUGUUUACUUGCUUUCAUGGAUUUAUGUGGUGGUGGCUCUUGGCUUUUUUAAUAUUACAGCUUAUGCUCGGGAAAAAUAUGCUGCAAGGGAGCACAUAUACUUUCGUCUUGUGCAGCUCCUUGCUGUACUCUUUUUCAUAGUUGUAAUGGUUGCUCUACUGCAGUUCACAGCUUUUAAAUUUGGUGAUCUCUUUGUCAGCCUGUUGGCUUUCGUUCCUACUGGUUGGGGUUUCAUUUCAAUCGCCCAAGUGUUACGUCCCUUUUUGCAGAAGAGUAUGAUAUGGGGAACUGUUGUGUCUGUGGCGCGACUAUAUGAGAUAAUGUUUGGGAUUAUUGUCAUGGUACCUGUUGCAGUACUGUCUUGGUUGCCUGGUUUCCAACCAAUGCAGACAAGGAUCCUAUUCAAUGAAGCAUUUAGUAGAGGUCUGCGGAUAUUCCAGAUUGUGACAGGAAAAAAGCCUAAGAGUGACGUGUGAUUUGAGGGUUCACAGGAACAUUAAGUAUGAGUGCUCCAUGUACUUCAAUGUCCAAUAUACAUGUGGCAAUUAAGGGAUGGGAUGAACAUUAAUGUGAAGUAGUAGAUACAGUACAGAGUUUGAAGAGGCUAGAAGGUUAAAUAUUUUUUUUUAUGUAGAGCUUGUAUUGUGAAUUAUACCGUUUACUUGGGAUUACUAUUAGUUUGGUUGACGAGUUUUCAUUCAUCUUUUGUAAUUGUUGUUGUAUUUUGUUGUCAUACUAGUGCACAGAUGAGGAGCAUUAUCUUAUAUUAUUGUAGAACCCCCAAAGUUCAUUUUUGUACUUUUUUUGUAGUUUCUACUGGGGAACCACGUGAAAGUAUAGUAGCAAUUCCUUCUG